CAGACGAGGUUAAAGAUGAGUUUUACAGAAAGCUUUCGGACCUCCUCCAAAAAGCUAGGCGCUCCGAUGUAGUACUAAUGGCUGGUGACUUCAAUGAUCAAGUAGGUAGACUAAGUGAAAAUGAAAGACACUUAGGUGGAUGUUAUGGUGUCGCGGCUCAGAGAACAGACAAUGGUGACCGUCUGUUGCAAGUAUGCUCAGACAACCGCCUAUUCUUAGCAAACACUAACUUUAGGCAUAAGGAAAAGCAUCUGUUGACCUGGCGACCCCCGAAGUCGUCUCAACGUUGGACUCAACUAGAUCACAUUGCCAUCAGCCACCGAUGGAGGGGUUCGAUAGAGGACUGUCGCUCGUUCUGGAGCACAUGUUUAGAUUCAGAUCAUGCCCUAGUGCGAGCGCGUAUUUGUUUGAAGCUUACUGGGCGUAGGAAAGACACCGUAAGGAAGCCUCUUAGGGUUUUACUUAAUGAUAAUAAGGCGAAGAAUAUAUUUCAAGAACAACUAGAAAGACAGUUAGGCGACCAUUUAAGCGAUUCCCAUCCGGAGGCAGGUUGGAAUGAUAUCAAAAAGGCUGUGGAAACAGCAGUGAUAUCUGCUAGUAAGGUAAACCAUAAGGCUAGGAAGAAGCCAUGGAUCUCAGUGGCAUCCAUCGAACUGACAGAGUAGUAAGUCUAACUAAUACAGUAUGUAAAAUAUUGGUCUCAGUAAUACUCCGACGACUGACUAGAGCUCGUGAAGAGCAGACUAGAUCAAAUCAGACUGGCUUUCGACCUGAACGUGGUUGUAUGGAACAGAUAUUCACACCGGAUCCUAGAACAAAGACACACGUUUAGACGUAUCGAAAUAGUAGUAUUUAUCAACCUUAAAGCGGCAUUCUACUCCGUAUUUGCAGGCUCUCUACUUGAACAUCACUGAUUUAAUUAUAGUUAUGGCGAAGUACUGAGACUUCAUCAAUUAAGGUGUUUGGAUCAUGUAUUGCGUAUGCCCAACCACCGACUGCCUCGUCGAGCGAUGUUUUGUGGUGCAGGAAUAGGUUGAGAGAAAGCUAGGGGCGGCCAGACCAAAACAUG